AUGCCCGACGGACCUUGCCCAGAGUGGAUCGUCACAUGCGGCACUUGCCAUAGAGUCCUCGAAUGGUUUGUUUGCAAGACUAACGACAAUGGAAACCAAGGUAAAUGGAUGGUUCGUUGUGUUGGGGGUGCCAGCGGAUGUUUCUUUUUUCGCACUGCAUACGGCAAAAACGGCACACCACUCCAAACACCUGAACUUUCCCAAGGCGAGUCGCAGUCGCCGCCUCGGAAGAAACGUCGCAGGGGUAAGGGCAAGUGCCGUAUUCGUGGCUGCCCCGGCAUUCGCAUUAAUGCGAAGUGUGGGCGGAGGGUCUGUGCAAGACACUGUCGUGGACUCGGAGGCUGUGGUCUCAAAGACCACACACCACUGGACCAACCUCUCACUGACGACGACAAUCUGGAACCAGAUGCUCACGAGUCAGACAGACUUGACAACGAAGUUCUCGAGCUGUCGGACAAUCUGACUGACGAGGAGGAGGAUCUUCCUCCUCCUGCUCCAGUAGUGGGUCUGUCUAAUGGGAAGGGCAAAACCAAGGGCAAGAAUCGUGCUAUCCCUCCCCGCAAGCCAACCUCCGAGUCAAACACCCAACCUAAGCAUUCGUUGCAGCUCCCUCCCCUGUUUACUGCACAGCUAGAGCAGGAACACGACCUGGACGAGAAACAGCGUCAGCGUGAUGCUGUCCGUAUCAAGAGCAGUCAGCGUGCAAAGUACAGUGUGACUGUACAUGCAUUUGUCCAGAAUGGCGAGCCACCAUCAUCCUUCGUCUUCCAGACAGGCUUCCAAUGGCCAUAUUUCUACCUCACGUACGAGGUGCUUUGUGAGCUUGACCUACCUGCUAGCAACCUGGACGAUGGUUACCAGCCAUCGAAGCUACGGCUCUUUGAUCCGAGUGCACGUGCUUGGCGAGGGAUCCACCAGGACCAUAUGAUCACACUUCAGAGUCACGAAGAGUCCUUGAUCCUGAGAGCCUCGGACGUGACUGAUUGUGCUGGCCUUGACCUACUCCUACGAUCGCGAGCUGACCCCAUAGUUCCGAACAUCCGUGAGCACCUUCAUGCCGAUCGUGCAAGUGUUCGCACCUCCAAUCGUGCCCAUGAACCAUCUUUCGUUGAGCCACAGCAAGCUGAGCUAGCUCUCCCAGCUCGCCUGCGCUUGCCCCCUCCGAGUCCAGUCCUCCCAACAUCGUCAAGUGAGCUCGAGGUGGAGAUACUCCUAGAACGUGCCAGUUCGGACGAGCCCACACCAAGUACGAGCAACACGAAGCUCAGCCAAAGCCCUGUGCAUCCCCCUGCUUCUCCACAUCGACGACUUGUCCGCUACGAAUCUGUCGAAAUUGUUCAUCCUGUGUUUUCUCCACUGGCGAGUCAGGCUGCUUCGAAACCAGACACUUGGACAUGGGACAUAUCACCAUCACCUCUGCACCUGUCACAGUCACCCUCGUCGUGGCAUCCAUCACCAUCCCCACCUGCACGGUCACCCUCACCAAGGCGUCUAGAACCACCACCAUCAAGUCUUACUCCACCUCCGACUCGAGGGUCCGCUUGGACAUCACACGGCAGCACACCUUCAGACGCUAUAGACCUCGACGACGUCAAGGUGUGGCCAGCUGACUUCCAUGUUGUCAAUGUGGUAGAAGGCUUUCGUCGCUGUGAGAUUGCCAGAAAGUCAAGGAGGGUCAGUGUUCAAAAGGCAUUUGAAUCCUACUUUGGUGUCCCCUUCAAGAAGACGACCUUCCACGAGCAUCGUACACGCUGGUUCAAGGCCCCGCAGGCAUUGUGUGACAAGUACCUGGAGGCUCGUCGAACAGACCGUGGCCUUUGGUCGGCUUUCAUGCGCGAGUAUCGUGCGCAAGGCUAG